AUGCCCAGCAUGAAGCUAGCCUCCUUUCUGCUACUCAAGCUACUACUACUCUCCCUUGGCCUUAGCAUGGCACCACCCUUCGUUGCCGGCGAUGAGCACCAGUUCAGUUACUCUGGCUUUUCCAACACUAACCUCACCCUCGACGGUGCGGCCUCGAUCACACCCAAUGGGUUGCUUAUGCUUACCAAUGGCACAUCCCGGAGCAUGGGCCGCGCUUUCUAUCCUGAUCCACUGCGCUUCCGCAAUUUGUCCGAUGGGGCUGUGCAGUCCUUCUCCGCCUCAUUUGUCUUCGCCAUGGUCUCCAUCUACAAGGACUUGAGCAGCAAUGGCAUCGCCAUGUUCAUUGCGCCGAGCAAGAAUUUGUCUGCGGCGAUGCGGAUGCAGUACUUGGGUCUUCUCAGCAAUCAGAAUGAUGGCAAUCAAACAAACCACAUCUUCGCGGUCGAGCUAGACACCUUCCAGAACUGGGAGCUCCAAGACAUGAAUGACAACCAUGUUGGUAUUGACGUCAACAGUCUCCGCUCCAUACAAUCCCAUGAUGCCGGUUUCUACCAUGACAAGAAUGGGACCUUCCAGAGUUUGAGUCUCGAUAGCCAAGAGGUGAUGCAGGUGUGGGUGGACUACCAUGGAGAGAAGAUGCAGAUCGAUGCCACCAUGGCUCCUCUCGGCAUGGACAAGCCUACAAGACCGAUAGUAUCAGCCAACUACAACCUCUCAAGCGUGCUCACAGAUGUGGCAUACAUCGGCUUCUCAUCUGCAGAAGGCAAGAUAACGAAGCAUUAUGUGCUUGGUUGGAGUUUUGGCAUGAACAGUCCAGCUCCAGCUAUCAAUCUCAGCAUGCUGCCAAAACUACCCCCUGGUCCUCGUACCAAGGGUGGUCGACGUCGUCUCCAGGUAUUGGAGAUCAUUCUGCCACUAGCAACGGCGGCACUCAUCCUGUCUGUGGCUGUCGUUGUUUCCCUACUUGUGCGAAGGCAUUUGAGGUAUGCAGAAGUACGUGACGACUGGGAGGUCGAAUACGGCCCGCACCGCUUCUCGUACAAGGAUUUGUUCCGUGCAACAGAAGGAUUUGACAACAAAAACCUCCUAGGGACCGGAGGAUUUGGAAGAGUAUACAGAGGAGAGCUGUCAAGGUCCAAACUAAUGAUAGCUGUGAAGAGGGUGUCGCACCACUCCAGGCAAGGCAUGAAGGAAUUCAUUGCAGAAAUUGUCAGCAUUGGCCGCCUUCAGAAUCCAAAUCUCGUACACUUACUUGGCUAUUGUAGGCGUCGUGGUGAGCUCCUGUUAGUGUAUGAGUACAUGCCCAAAGGAAGCCUCGAUAAGUACUUGUAUGGUGAAGUGGACAACUCCACAUUAAGUUGGGACCAAAGGAUUUGGAUCAUCAGGGGCAUUGCAUCUGCACUGAUUUAUCUCCACGAGGAGUGGGAGAAAGUGGUCGUUCACCGAGACAUCAAGGCAAGCAAUGUGCUACUCGAUGAUGAGUUGAAUGCACGGUUGGGUGAUUUCGGUCUCGCAAGGUUGUAUGAUCAUGGCGUUGAGCAAGAAACUACUCGUGUUGUUGGCACCAUUGGAUACAUUGCUCCGGAGCUAGCACGCACGGGCAAGGGUACUCCCCUUACCGACGUAUUUGCCUUUGGUGUAUUUAUUCUGGAGCUCACUUGUGGACAAAGACCUAUCAUGCAGAGCACACAAGAUGAGCAGGUCAUGUUGGUUGAUUGGGCGCUUGAGCAUGUACAACAAGGGUCACUAGAUGAUGCAAUAGAUAUAAGGCUUAAAGGGCAGUACAAUGUCAGUGAGGCACAUCUGGCACUGAAGCUAGGACUACUGUGCUCACACCCAUUUGCAUGUGCAAGGCCUAGCAUGCGGCAAGUGAUCCAAUACCUAGAUGGGCAUAUUGAACCACCAGAGCUACCAGCACACCAGAGCUUCCAAGCACUAGCCUUGAUGCAAAAUGAAGGGUUCGAUUCAUACAUCAUGUCAUAUCGUUCAUCAACGAGCGUUGGCACAAUAUCGAGCAUUUCAGGAGGAAGAUAA